CGCGCAUGCUCAUGGGACAGGUCUCUGAGGCUCCUUCUGUGCAGGUGCAAACGGCGUAGGCGUUCCUUCUGGGAAGAUUCUUCGGCCUCAAGUGGAAGACAGACCCCAAACCCCCAAGUCUAUCCGCCGCUCAGGUAAAUCUUCAGAGAUUUCUACAUUUUUCCAGGAUCAGCAGAAAAUGAAGAAAUCCUAUGGAUCCUUGUCAUUUGAGGAUGUGACUGUGGGCUUCACCCAGGAGGAGUGGCAGCAUCUGGACCCUGCUCAGAGGACCCUGUACAGGGAUGUGAUGCUAGAGAACUGCAGCCACCUCGUCUCAGUGGGAUAUUGCGUCCCUAAACCAGAAGUGAUCUUCAAAUUGGAACAAGGAGAGCAGCUAUGGAUAUUAGAGGAAGAGCUCCCAGGCCAGAGAUACCCAGAUCUUCCAGAAACAAUAAGGAAAAAGAACAACACAAAGUUUAUCUCAUGACAAUAGAGGAUAUCUGAAACCACAAAUCAGUACAAGUGGAAAUGCUGCCAGAAUCACUGAAAAAUUAAGGAGGGCCAUAUGUACUAGCAGAUGAAAAGAAACAAAAACAUUUCUGGUGCUUGAAGGAACUGGUAAAAUACUUUAGAGAGACAAUGUACAUACUCUGAGGUGCAAAGCUUAAAUCUCUCUUGGAAUAACAUCAGUACUGUGCACAGGACAGCUGGAGCUCCUUUGAAUGCAGUUUGGUUCUGUGAAGCUGAUGUAGGGUUAAGUAUGGAAACAGACACACAAGUCAUGUUUGUCAGUGACACUCUGUGACAAUGCAAGAAAUGAGACUUUCCAUUUCAGAAAAAAAUGUUACAGACACCUGUGUGAGGGGAAAUAAACUUGCAUGCUAUCUUAGCUUGUAUUCCUGUAAACAAUUUGAAGUAAAAACUUGUCAGGAUGGGCAGACCUACUACAGAAGUGAGGAAAUGGGGAGUAAGGCUGGUUAGGAUGAAGAGAAAGUACAAGAGGGUAAUAACAGAGCAAGCCAUUACUAAGGCUACUCUGGCAAGAAAGGAGCGACAAUCUGGGUUGAUGCAUAAACUGAGUUUGGUAUAUGUGCAAAACACUUUUUCAUAAGAAGCUCUCUCGUUAGAUUAAGACAUGCCUCUGCUCCCUUUACCUAGUAAAACUGAUGCAGUAUAAAAGCCCAUGUCCUUUGAAGCUGAGUAAUCCAAAAGGAACCAGCAUAAAAUGCCCCACAAAACUACUGCAAGAAUAAAGGGUAGAAAAAGAUUAGAAAAAAAAAAGUAGGUGAUAAAAUAUCACCUGAUCAAAGUGGACAUAAAGUAGAUAAAUAAUUGGGCCAAAUAAUAAACCACGAAUUUCAAAAAGGACUAAUUGAAUUGAUUACCUGCAUGAUAUGAGAGUUCAAGAAGGAUGUUAAGGCAACAGUAUAAUGUUUUAAUUCAUUUAUUAAAAUGCAUUCUGGGAUGUCAGACUGAGAAAAGAAUUGUAAGAGAAAAUAAGAAUCACAGUAAAGAAAGCAAAUUGGGGCCAGGCACAGUGGCUCACAUCUGUAAUCCCCAUACUUUGGGAGG